ACGUGAUCUUGCCACGUGUGAAGCCUUACAGUAGACCACCCUACAUCAGAUCCCUUCACCCCCUCUCAAAAGCACACCACCAAAACCCUAAAAACCUUAAUAAACACAACAAAACCAACGCCGCGUUCUCCCUCUCCACUUCUCUCUUCGCUCACAAACCUUCAUCUGCUGCAAUGGGGAAAGGAACAGGGAGUUUUGGUAAGAGAAGGAACAAGACCCACACUCUUUGUGUGCGAUGUGGCCGCCGCAGUUUCCAUCUUCAGAAGAGCCGCUGCUCUGCCUGUGCUUACCCCGCCGCUCGCACCAGGAAAUAUAACUGGAGUCAGAAGGCAAUCAGGAGGAAGACAACCGGAACUGGACGUAUGAGGUACCUCCGCAAUGUUCCACGCCGUUUCAAGACCGGUUUCAGAGAGGGUACUCAAGCUGCACCAAGGAAGCUAGGAGCAGCUGCAUCAGCUUAAACAAAGUGAAAGUUUCAGAGGGUUUGGUUUGGAUACUUCGAGCAAUUACCUCUAUUUUUGCAUCUUAAGUCUUCCAACUUUAGCCUUUUUUUUCUUAAGAAUUUGGAGACAUUGUAUUGUGAUCAGAAGAAUGAUAGUACUGGUUUUUUGUUUCUAUUUACAAUGUGGUAGUUUUAAAUUUUUUUGAGGUUAAGUGAUGAGAUUAUUACUAGUUUCGAAAUUUAUUAUGCGUGUGAGUUAUCUUCUA